AUGGCAGCAGCCGAAGACAUCUGGGUCGAAUUGGAACUGGAGGGGUUCAAUCGCGUACGCCCGAAAAUAAAGGGAAAGAAGCCUGUCGUGAAAUUUCGGAAUUAUUUCAACAACGAUCUGCCAGCGGCCGACCGCGCGAGACUCGUGACAUUGAUGCCUCAAUAUGCGCAGAUCCAGGCCGCUCAGCAACAGCGCGAAGACCAGCCUCUGGCAAUUCCGCAGGAUCAGGCUACCCUUGCCGAGCUGACCGCCUUUGAAACUGCUGCUGCCCCGCGCCAGGCUGCCAUGAGAAGCGAUUUGCAAUGUAUCCUAGACAUUAUUACCUUUGGAGAGCAAUACUUCCUCCACCAGGAAGGCGUGGACUUCCUGAACGAGCGGAGGCAAGAGCUGGAAAAUGAACUCCAGCAGUUCGACCAGCAAGCUGCCAGGCCCCUUGCCAACCUGCAGCAGAGACUCGCAGAUGAAGCGAAUAGAGGAGCUGGACCAGUCAACGACGGCGUAGCCCCAGGAGGCGCCAGUGAUGCCCAAGAAGGAGCGACAGAGCGCCCAGCAGCCGAUGCAGCUGCUCAAGAUCCCCUUAACGCGGAGGUAGAUGCAUUGCUCGAGAACGCCUAUCAGGAAGAGCGCGCGAUAUUUGAAAGGGAGAGGAAUCGGCGUCAUCGACUAGGCCAGCUGAACGAAGGCUGGUGGAGAGCUGAGUAUCUUGGUGAAGGCGCCUAUGGCUCAGCUUACUCUUGGGUGAAGCAAAACGAGCAUGGUAUGAUCAUCGAUAGACUGGCGACGAAGGAUUCCCGGGCAGAGGAAGGUGUCCGCCGCUGGGACCGAACUGGACUGAUCCUUAUGGAGGUCUUCGCUAUGAUGCGUCUGCGGCCUCUCAGGGGCUCGGAGUCGAUUGUACGCAUUCGCAACUGGCGGAUCAGCUGGCCUGAGCGGUUGUGUCGAAUUUACAUGGAAUACUGUCCAUUCAACAGUAUGCAACAUGUGUUGAGCGAACAUUAUCGUACGGGUUAUGGUACGGCGCUUUACCGACGCAUACGAUUCAUACCUGAGCCAUUCGUGUGGUUCUUCUUCGAGACUCUCGCCAAAGCGGGCAUUCUGAUGGAACGAGGAGAUCUGGAAAAGCGCGGUAACGGGUACUGGCAGCUCAUCAACCAUAGAGACGUGAAGCACAGGAAUAUAUUCCUCGGCCUCAAUGACACAGAUACCUUCAAGGGCUAUCACAUGCCGAAGCUUGGAGACUUUGGGCUCUGCGUCAUGAGUGACGAUGGAGUCCGCAGUGAAGAGGUCGCCACCUUCGGAUAUCGCUUUCACGCUCCGGAAGCUCGCGCUGAUCAGCUGGAAGGUGCUACGGGCGAGUCAUGGCUUACAGCGGCGACCAACGUGUGGGAGAUUGCGCUCUCUGUCUAUAGCCUCAUGAUAGGCGAUGAGUACCUUGACGAUCUCAUUGGCAGCGAGGAUCGGCGCGAACGCAUUCGCGUCCACUACAGAACGCACCGUGUACCACGGCCGUUCGAUGCAGAAGAGAUGAAGCACUAUAGCGAGGACCUACGGACCCUAGUCAUGGACUGCUUGAAGUAUCUGCCCAAUACUCGCCCUACGUUCGACGACGUAUUGAAGAGGUUGAGUCGUCGAACUGGAUACGGCUCACAAGACGGAGCCCGCGGUCUUCGCCACGCCCCUGCCAACGACCCUCAAUUCGCGAGAUAUGGGUUGUUGCUGAAGCGGGAGGGAUGGCCGAUGCGCAGCAUGCUGGCAGCCGAGCCGCGGAAUCCUCCACCUCCUGGAGGCCCUCCCAGGCCGCCACGGCGAAAGCCCAAGCCCAAGGAUGGCGACGGCAGCGACGCGGAUAGUGACGAUAGCCUUGGCGGCCAGGGCCGGAUGUAUUUCGAUCCCGCACGUCUGACACCAGCUGCGCCUCCGCCAAACCAGCCUCCUCCAGAUCAACCUCCUCCAAAUCAGCGUCCACCAAAUGAGCCUCCUCCAAAUCAGCCUCCUCCAAAUGAGCCCCAACAAGCUGAACGGCCACAACCUGAAUUCACACCAAUUCAACGCCCACCAAAUAGACGCCCGACUUCAUCAUCAUUUGAUAUCGACUUCGUGAACGAUCGAAGGUGGCCUACGCACCAGAGCCAGCCGCCGCCGCCGCCGCCGCCCGGGAGCAAUGGGAGGAAACGAGGAUUUGGCAUUGGGGAUCUCCUGAACCCAGAGGCUACCCCCUCGAAGAGAAAGCGGUAG